AUGUCGAGUUUGUUUUCAUUAAUUGCAAUCGUUUCCAGUAUCGAGAGUAAACACGAAGUGAACAUAACUGGUGGUCUCAAUGAAUUCAACGUCAAGUUCUACGGCCCUUCCGGGACUGCUUACGAAGGUGGCGUCUGGCGAGUCCGUGUCGAACUGCCUGAGAAGUACCCAUUCAAAUCGCCCUCGAUAGGUUUCAUGAAUAAAAUUUUUCAUCCGAAUAUCGACGAAGCGAGUGGCUCUGUUUGCCUCGACGUCAUCAAUCAGGCAUGGACAGCCCUGUACGAUCUAGCAAAUAUAUUUGAAUCAUUCCUUCCACAACUACUCACCUACCCUAAUCCAACUGAUCCAUUAAACGGCGAUGCCGCUGCCCUUUAUCUGCAUAAGCCGGAGGAGUUCAAGAAGAAGUGCAAGGGUAUGUAUUCAUUACAUCUUUUGGAAGUAGUGGAAAGCGUAAGAUCUGUAAACACAGCACUUGUUUGA